GACCACAAAGUUGAAACCAAGAAAUAUUUAUAGUGUUCCUGAUGUUUCCAAACAUUUUCAACAAAACAGCGACUUAUAAGCGUUUUAACUCCAAAUGCAUUUUUGCAGAACAAUGUUAUACAAUACCCACGAGCUGCAACUGAAUGAAUUGCUGCUCUACCUGAAAGCUCUAUGGUGUGGAAGAGACAUCAUCCAUCUGAGUAAAUAGCAUAAAAACUACUACUUUACAGGCUAGGGUUUUAGAAAACUACCAGUUUUUAUUUUUUCUCAGAUAACUACCAAAUGGGUGGUCAGAUAACUACCAAAUGGGUGGUCGGCUGUUUUAAAAAACUCAAAUUGCCUAGUGCUUAUCUAUUGACCAUGAUUAUGACAGGUCGGACUCACAUCAUAGGUCAGUGGUCAGUUGUUUCUCUAACUUUCUCGGUUUGACAGUAAGUCAGUGCUUAAUUUCAGACAACCAUGCCUUCUGCAGAUCCUACAUACAUGAUACGCGCCAUCCCUAGCAAUGCAUCGGAUAAUGUUUACUGCACAUUGCUGGCUCACAGUGUGGUCCACGGAGCCAUGGCUGGAUACACCGGCUUCACUGUCGGCCAAGUAAACGGCCGGCACUGCUACAUUCCCUUCUACAGGAUCACAGAGAAGCAGAACAAGGUCUCGAUAACGGACAGGAUGUGGGCAAGGCUUCUCUCCUCCACCAACCAGCCGAGCUUCCUCAGCAAGCAAGACGUCGACGAUGCCAAGGUCGAAGAUGAGAGGACGGCCAAGCUCUUGGACGGCUCGCCUUCCAACCCCAAGGUCGAAGAUAAAGUCGCGUCUUCCAAUUCCAAUGGCGUGAAGUGAGGCCACCAUGCAGGUUGAUAGCUAUGUGCGCAUCGAUUAGU